UGCGGAGAGCCGGCCGGGGCGGCGCGGGCAUGGCUCGGGCGGCGUGGGCGCUGCUGUGGCUGCUGCUAGGCAGCGCCGGGGCGCAGUACGAGAAGUACAGCUUCCGGGGCUUCCCACCCGAGGACCUGAUGCCGCUGGCCGAGGCCUACGGGCACGCGCUGGAGCAGUACGAGGGCGAGAGCUGGCGCGAGAGCGCGCGCUACCUCGAGGCGGCGCUGCGGCUGCACCGCCUGCUGCGCGACAGCGAGGCCUUCUGCCACGCCAACUGCAGCGGCCCCGCGCCGCCCGCCGCCUCGCCCCCCGGGCCCGACGGCGACCGCGGCGACGAGUGGGCCCGCGAGCUGCGGCUCUUCGGCCGCGUCCUGGAGCGCGCCGCCUGCCUGCGGCGCUGCAAGCGGACGCUGCCCGCCUUCCAGGUGCCCUACCCGCCGCGGCAGCUGCUGCGCGACUUCCAGAGCCGCCUGCCCUACCAGUACCUGCACUACGCGCUGUUCAAGGCUAACCGGGUGGAGAAGGCUGUGGCCGCGGCCUACACCUUCCUCCAGAAGAACCCGAAGCACGAGCUGACCGCCAAGUACCUCAACUACUACCGGGGGAUGCUCGACGUCGCCGAAGAGUCCCUCACGGACCUAGAGGCUCAGCCCUACGAGGCCGUGUUCCUCCGGGCUGUGAAGCUCUACAACAGCGGGGAUUUCCGCAGCAGCACCGAGGACAUGGAGCGGGCCCUGGCCGAGUACCUGGCAGUCUUUGCCCGGUGUCUGGCCGGCUGCGAGGGGGCCCACGAGCAGGUGGACUUCAAAGACUUCUAUCCAGCUAUAGCAGAUCUCUUUGCAGAGUCCCUGCAGUGCAAGGUGGACUGUGAGGCCAAUCUGACUCCCAAUGUGGGUGGCUACUUCGUGGACAAGUUCGUGGCCACCAUGUAUCACUACCUGCAGUUUGCCUACUACAAGUUGAACGACGUGCGUCAGGCUGCCCGUAGUGCCGCCAGCUACAUGCUCUUCGACCCCCAGGACAGUGUCAUGCAGCAGAACCUGGUGUACUAUCGCUUCCACCGGGCUCGCUGGGGCCUGCAGGAGGAGGACUUCCAGCCCCGGGAGGAGGCCAUGCUGUACCACAACCAGACUGCUGAGCUGCGGGAGCUGCUGGAGUUCACGCACAUGUACCUGCAGUCAGAUGACGAGAUGGAGCUGGAGGAGUCAGAACCGCCCACAGAGCCUGAGGAUCCCCCAUCUGAUGCCGAGUUCGAGGGGGAAGGUGACUACGAGGAGGGUAUCUUUGCCAACUGGUGGCAAGAACCAGAUGCCAAAGGAGACGAAGCUGAGGCUGAGCCAGAGCCUGAACUGGCAUGAAAAGGGGGCGACCUGCAUCCCUCAAGAGCUUGGGAAUCCUGGGCCGAGUGGCACCACUCUCACCAGCCUGGGCAGCAGCAAGAACUAUUUAUUAAAAACUUAAAAUGGACACAGCUGACCAGGCCCCCUUCCUAUCUCAGCUGUGAGUGCUGCUCCCCAGUCCUGCUUCUGUGUCUCUGGACCACAGGAUAGUGUUGGUGCUGCAGGUUGACAGGUGGGCUAAUGGGGGUUCGUCCUCCUUCCCGCUGCUGCCCCCACCUGGACAGUCUCCUGGAGGAGAAAGCUCCAGCUGCUGGCCUGAGUCUUAUCCCAAACGGCAGAGGAGCAGCCAGGGUCAUGAAGAGCACUGGACCGGGAAUCUAGCAGUCUGGUGGCCUGACAGUGUGUGCUCAAUAAACGUUGGUUGUUGACUGAA